AUGGUAACGAACCGAGUGCGCCGCCGCGUCCUAUGUCGUUCAAUUUACACUCAAGGCCAAUCCCCAAUGCGCUUUGUGCGAGAAUAUUUCUAUUUUGUGGAUCACAACGGACAGGUUUGCACCGAUAUGUAUUCUUUUUUCUCCUUCAGAAUCAUUGCUCUUGAUACAGAUAUUUUUUUUAUUGAUUUCUUCUUCUCAAGACUACAAGUUAACACCACGGGACGGUACACGAAUGAGUUCCCUUUUUUGUCUCUAUGCGGACGUGAACGUAACUAUUUGCGAUGUGACGACAAACCCACGGUGUUUGUGGACUUAAAACAAUUGUCGGAUCAGAAAUGGCAUUUACUCUAUGGUUCGGAAAAAACAACAAAGCUGUCGGUCCCGUUCAUGCCAGAGCACUUGCAUAUGUAUCCUAAAUCCGGACGCGUGUAUCACCCAACCAGCCGUAAACCGACACCGACCGAUAGCCGUACCGAGUCCGAUUUGUCUGUUGGAUUAAUUUGUUCCCGCCUGGCUGUUCAACUGUCGCCCAAUUUUGAGUGGGUCAACAAUGAGUCGGAGCGUGAACCGCACAAGUUUAUUUGGGAGAACACUUCAUAUACGCUAAGCGGUAUUUUGGCACAUCUGUUACAUUCAGACGCAUAA